AUGCCAAACACCAGUGAUCAUCACCGGAUCAUGCUGGCAAUCGACUACUUUGCCCAGUGGUACCAGUGUCCGAUGACAGUUCAGCUGCCUCGCAGUCUCAAGCAGGAGAUUGAGGAGGUCUGGCAAGUUAACACUGCUGGUGUUGAGUGGGUGGAUGGGGAGGUCGACCAUCUCAACCAAGCUUUCUACCUCAACAUGACUCAAGAUCCAAGUAUGUAUAUCAGGCAGACUGACAAAGGUGUCGAGGAUUGGCGAGCGAGGGCAACGGGAAAGUUUAACUUUGAUCGAGGUGUCGUGAGUGAUCACAACUAUUGGACUGCUGAGGCUUGA